AUGGUGCAGGUGCUGUCGCACGUCGACGUGAACCGGGUCUGGUCCAACAGCGUUUGCGAGGAGGUCGCCCGCGAAGUGAUGCAGGAGUUCGGCGGAGAGAACGGCAGCAUCGAUUUCCAGGAGUGGCUCAGGCUGAUGCGCCACUGCGCUUGGAGGCACCAGGACGGCUGCGCCAGGAGACUGUCCCGGCGAAUGGAUACGGCUUCGUCGAUCAUCCUGACGCCGACGGUGUCGGGAUUCCUCGAGACACCGCAGUCCGAAUUCAUGGCCGCGUCGUUCACCCGCGACGACGAGCCGUCCGACGUGAGCCCCUCCGCGGAGGAGCCGUCGGACAGCGGCUGUCCGAGCCCCACGCGCGCACUCCGGAAGUUAGCACUGCCGCCUUGUUCACGGAUCCGGCAACAAUGCCGACCGCCGCUCAGCUGGCCGCCGCCCCACCGGUGGCCGCCGGGCCGCUGCAGCUUGUUUUCCGCGAGGCCUCGCGCACACGCGCGGCGGAGCCCGUUGGCCGAGGCCACGGCUGCAGACCCGCCACGAAG